AUGGAAAUCCCAGUUAUUUUAGAAGAUCUUAAAGAUAAGCAUAAAAUUGCUUUCGAAAGAGAUGAGAUUACGAACUUUAGAGAGGAUUUAUUGUCACUUAUCCAUGAAUCAUGCAAGAAAGGUUAUCUCCGUGGUAUCGGCAAGCGCACCAUUUCAGUUCCGGAUUUUUCUCAAAACAAUUACAUAAAUAAAAUAAAUUGCCUUCUACCAAAACAGUCCCAAGUCAUUCGAUUUAACAUUUUUUCAUUAUUUGCAAGAAUUACUCCAAAUCAAAAAAUUUUUAUAAAUAUACCUCAGACAAUCAUAAGAACAGAUGAAUCAUCAAGGCCAUAUUUAAUUCAAACAGAAAAAGACGGUUGCAUCGUAUCAAAACCUUUUUUAAACAAAACAAAUUUUUUUGAAUAUCCAAAAAAGACAGACGAAAGCUAUCCAUAUUUCGUGUACAGAGUUCACAAUAAAGAACCGGCUUUAUUAUUUUCGAAAGAAAACGCUGAAGAAGUAUGGGAUUCUUUUGAUGGGCAAGCUAUGAUGCAAAGAUAUAUUGAAUGCAGAUCAAAUCCUGUAUCAGUAAUCAGAGUUUUAUGGAAAAAAAAUAUGAAAAACAAAUACUUCACUAUUGUGAAUAGAAAUAAAUAUGAUAGCAGCUGGAUGAGCAAAAAAAUGAGAUACAAAAAAGCUAUGAUCAAUAAAAAUAAAUCGUUUAGCAGCUUAUCAGAUUUUAAAUACUCAAAUAUGAUUCUUCCAACUACCCAAUCAAUCAAUAACCCAUAUAAAUUAAUUGGAAAACCGAGCUGCUCAAAGCUGUCAAGAUCAACAAGUUGUUUUCAUAAUAUUAAGCAAGCAAAUUCAAUCAUAAACUCAAACUCAAUUAAUUUGUCACAAACAAUGUCUGAAGUUGUCAAUAAUGAUAAAGAAGAAAUGCAUAAUCCAGAAAGUAUUAAAAGAAUAGAAAUUCUUAGAGAAGAAUCAAGCAAAGAUUUGAUUAUAAACACAAAAAAUUCAGAAAGCUGCUAUGCAGUAGAAACAUUUAUAAAAAUUCCUGAAAUUGAAGCUAUGGUAAACCAAAUAAUUACUUUCUUAACAACAGACAUUUAUCCUCGUCAAUCAAUCAAUGGGAUGGUUUUUGAUUUUAUUCAAGAUAAAAACGACAAUAAUUGGGCAUUUUUGAGUUGCAGAGAACAAUAUAUUGAUUUUAAAUUUCCACUGGAUAUUGACAAAGUUUCAAAACUCAAAUUAAAAUUAAAGCCAUCAAGAAGAUCUUUAUCAACAGGCAGAACUGAAAAAUCAAGUUCGACAGAAACAGAGCACAGAAGUAAUCAGCAAGAACCAAAACAAGGGAAAACUGAAGAAAGCAAUCUAAUUAAUGUCACUCUGCCUUUCAAAUUCAAAGAAAAUUAUCCUUGCAAAUCAGCACAGAAAAGUGUGAGUAGCGAUAAAGAUCUAAUUGAAAGGGCUAAUAUAGUAAACGAAAGGCUUGGCCAUAUAAUUACUCAAAAGACUCCUAUAUGCUUUAAAAAUAAAGAUAUAAGGCAAGAAUCAAUCCAAUAUUAUCAACGCUAUAAUCACAGGCUACCAAAUGAUUCUUUAACACCUCAAUGUCCAGCAUUCAAAAGCUAUAGUGCAGGAGUACAGAAUAAGAUAGUUCUUUCUUCUAUGGAUGAAAAAAGUAUAGCUUGCGCUCAACGAGCUCUUCGUGAUGCAAUUGAUAAUUUUGAUGAAAUGGCUAUGAAUGUCGAAAUUUCUAAGGUAAAAAGGCAAAAUUUAGUAGAAAAAUAUGGAGGAAUUUCAUUUUGAAACAGUCUUAUUGUAUCAUUGUAUAAUAAAGUUCUUUCAAACGAUAAAUUAAAUAAAUACUUCAAAAACACUAGAAUGGAAGACUUUGAAGUAAUCGUUUCAGGGAUGUUUAAGAUAUUUAAUGGAAAAAUGAGCUUGGAGUUCAGAAGAGCUAUGAGAAAAAACCAUCAAGGAAGAGGGAUAACUGAUAGUGAAUACUGAUGCUAUGCAGAAAUAUAUGAACAAACUUUAAAAGAGUUUAAUAUUGAUGAAGAAGACCAAAAAUCAAUUAUGUCGCAAAUUCGAUCUAUGAAAGGACUUAUAGUAAGAUAA